GUCUCAGCUUUGCUAGCCAGAGAAGUGGCCAGGCGCUAGCUGACACUGACAGGCUGCUAUCCUUUAGCAUUAGCUUCAUUCAUCUACUCUAACAGCUGCAAACAUGCAGGAAUGGGCAAAUCAGUUAUGCGAGAAUCGACAAUUUGGGUCCAAGAUGACAGACUCCAAGUACUUCACCACUACCAAGAAAGGGGAGAUCUUUGAGCUCAAGGCAGAGCUAAAUAGUGAUAAGAAAGAGAAGAAGAAGGAGGCUGUAAAGAAGGUCAUUGCGUCCAUGACAGUGGGCAAGGAUGUCAGUGCUCUCUUCCCAGAUGUUGUGAACUGUAUGCAGACAGACAACCUGGAACUGAAGAAGCUGGUCUACCUUUACCUGAUGAACUAUGCCAAAAGCCAGCCAGACAUGGCUAUCAUGGCUGUUAACACCUUUGUAAAGGACUGUGAAGACCCCAACCCUCUCAUCCGGGCCCUUGCUGUUCGUACCAUGGGCUGCAUUCGUGUGGACAAGAUCACGGAGUACCUCUGUGAGCCUUUGAGAAAAUGUCUGAAGGAUGAAGACCCGUACGUGAGGAAGACAGCUGCUGUUUGUGUAGCAAAGCUCCAUGAUAUCAAUGCCCAGUUGGUGGAGGAUCAAGGCUUUCUGGAUACACUUAAAGAUCUCAUCUCUGACUCCAACCCUAUGGUUGUAGCAAAUGCAGUGGCAGCGCUAUCUGAGAUUGCAGAGUCUCAUCCCAACAGUAAUCUAAUGGACCUGAACCCUCAGACCAUAAACAAGUUGCUGACAGCUCUUAAUGAGUGUACAGAGUGGGGACAGAUAUUCAUCCUUGACUGUCUGGCAAAUUACACACCUCGUGAUGACCGGGAGUCCCAAAGCAUCUGUGAACGUGUGACCCCACGGCUCUCCCAUGCCAACUCUGCAGUGGUGUUGUCAGCAGUUAAAGUUUUAAUGAAGUUCAUGGAGAUGCUGCCCAAAGACUUGGACUAUUAUGGCACUUUACUGAAGAAGCUCGCCCCUCCACUGGUUACUCUCCUCUCUGCUGAGCCUGAGUUGCAAUAUGUGGCACUGAGAAACAUCAACCUCAUUGUCCAAAGACGCCCAGAGAUCCUGAAACACGAAAUGAAGGUUUUCUUUGUAAAGUACAACGACCCCAUUUACGUCAAACUGGAGAAGCUGGACAUUAUGAUUCGCCUAGCAUCUCAAGCCAAUAUUGCCCAGGUACUGGCAGAGUUAAAGGAGUAUGCCACUGAGGUGGAUGUGGACUUUGUGCGUAAAGCCGUCAGAGCCAUUGGCCGCUGUGCCAUCAAAGUUGAGCAAUCAGCCGAGCGCUGUGUCAGCACCCUCCUAGACCUCAUCCAGACUAAGGUUAACUAUGUGGUGCAAGAGGCCAUUGUGGUCAUCAAGGACAUCUUCCGAAAAUACCCUAACAAGUAUGAGAGCGUGAUUGCCACUCUGUGUGAAAAUCUGGAUUCUCUGGAUGAGCCGGAGGCACGUGCUGCCAUGAUCUGGAUUGUGGGAGAGUACGCUGAGCGCAUCGACAACGCUGAUGAGCUGCUGGAGAGCUUUUUGGAGGGUUUCCAUGAUGAAAGCACUCAGGUGCAGUUGCAGCUACUGACUGCAAUUGUCAAGUUGUUCCUGAAAAAGCCGACAGAGACCCAGGAGCUAGUGCAGCAAGUGCUAAGCCUAGCCACACAGGACUCUGAUAACCCAGAUCUCAGAGACCGAGGCUACAUCUACUGGCGUCUGCUCUCCACGGACCCUGUGGCUGCCAAAGAGGUGGUUCUGGCUGAGAAGCCCCUGAUCUCUGAAGAAACAGAUCUCAUUGAGCCCACACUGCUGGAGGAACUUAUCUGCCACAUUGGCACUCUGGCCUCUGUCUACCACAAGCCUCCCAGUGCCUUUGUUGAGGGCAGCCGUGGUGUUCAGCACAAGAGACUCCCUGGCAGCGCUGAAUCUGGUGAGAGUGAGAGCCCUGAUACAGCUUCUGCUGCUGGAGUUUCCGAUGCGCCCCCUGCUGUCAUCCCAUCCCAGGGAGACCUGCUGGGAGAUCUUCUCAAUCUCGACCUGACACCUCCCACCACCACUGGACCACCACCACCAGCGGCCUCUAGUGGCAUGCAGAUGGGUGCUAUGGACCUUCUUGGAGGAGGACUUGACAGCCUGAUGGGGGAUGAGUCUGAGCCGCCGCCUAUUCCCCUGCGGACGGACACUCCUCAGUCACCUCAGCUCCCACAUCAGUCCCCAUCGCCCCCAGAUUACAGCCCCACUGAGCUUGGCGGAGACCUUGGUGGAAGUCCUGCUAUUGGGGGUGGUUUUGGUGCUCCCCCAGCUGCAAUGCCAGCCUCUUUCAAUGCCCCUGUCAGUGGCGGGCUGGAUGACCUGUUUGAUCUCGGAGGUGGGGUUGGUAUGCCUAUGGGAGCCUACAACCCCCCCAAAACUGUUUGGCUUCCAGCUAUGAAGGCCAAGGGCUUGGAAAUAUCAGGCACCUUUGCCCGCCGUGCUGGGGUCAUCCAGAUGGAGAUGACCCUCACCAAUAAAGCUAUGAGUGUCAUGACUGAUUUUGCUAUCCAGUUUAACAGAAAUAGCUUUGGUCUCGCUCCAGCUGGUCCACUGCAGGUUCUAACUCCUCUGAGCCCAAACCAAAGUAUUGAAGUGACUCUUCCCCUCAAUACUGUGGGACCUGUCAUGAAGAUGGAGCCUCUUAACAACCUGCAGGUGGCUGUUAAGAACAACAUUGACGUAUUCUACUUCAGCUGCCAGUACCCCAUCAGCAUGCUGUUUGUAGAGGACGGGAAGAUGGAGCGGCAAGUUUUCCUUGCCACAUGGAAAGACAUUCCUAAUGACAAUGAGGCCCAGUUUCAGAUCAAAGACUCAGCUCAUCUCAGCUCAGAUGCAGCCUCCAACAAACUGCAGGGAAGCAACAUCUUCACCAUAGCCAAGCGCACAGUGGAUGGUCAGGACAUGCUGUAUCAGUCAAUGAAGCUCACCAAUGGCAUCUGGGUGCUGGCUGAGCUGAGGGUGCAGGCAGGAAACCCAAUCUUGACUGUCUCUCUGAAGUGCAGAGCUGCAGAGGUUUCCCAGUGUGUGUUCCAGAGCUACGAGGCGGUGCUGAAGAACUGAAUAAACACCUCGUGCGUCACCCCAGCCGCAGCCCUCACAGACUACCGGGCCCUUCUCUCCCUCCCCUUCCUCCCCUCCCUCCCCCCAGCAAACCACACCACAACUGCACGCAGUGCGGGAGCCACUUCCUGCUGCGUUUGGUCAGUCUUUGUGUCAUCCAACCAUUUUAUCAGGAUGGCUAAUGGUCUGUUCUCCCCUUUGUCUUUUUCUCUUUUCUUUCCUCCAAAGCUUCAGAUUUCUGGUUCAAUCUUUGCUUCCCUUAUCCUGUCCCCUCUUUGUUCACACCACAUGCUUCACUUUCAGGAAAUCAUUUCAAGCUAAAUUCUUUGAAUUCAGGCUCCCAGUUCUUCUCUGCCCGAGCCAUCCUUAAACAAUCUUUAUUUGUUUGGGGGGGGACAGACAGCUGUGAAUGUUUCUCUGCAUGAGGCUUUUAUAAUUUUCUAACCCUGCUUCUCUGCAAAUUGGAGUCUAUUUUUAGCAUCUUUGAUCAGCAGGUGAAUAAUCACUUUCGCCGUAUUUAUUUAGGGGGGUAAUUUCAAUUAAGAUGUUAGAAAAAGGCUUUAACUGCCUUUUAGCUUCUCUCUGUGAAGGGGAUAAAAGGCUGUGGGGACCUAAAGAGACACACAAAUGCAUAAAAACUACACUUUUUUUUGUUUUUGUCUUUUUAUAUUUUUUUUUUUUUGUUUUUUUUUUUCUUUUUCUUUUUUUUUUUUUUUUUUAGUGUCAGUGGUUAGCAGUGGGAUCGUCAUCUGUCCCUAAAAUCAGAAUGUCCAUUUUUUCCGUGUGCAUGGAAACUGUGUUACUGUGUUUUAAUUUUUACAUCAAUAUCUCAACAUUUUAUAGACUAGCAGCAGUUGUCCUCUGACUGCUCUCUUACUUAGUCAUUCCAUGGUUUAAUUUGUGUUCGUAGUCUCAUUAGUGUACAUGCGGCAAACUGGGAGAGGGCCUCAGGUGGUGACAGCUUUAUAAGUGCUGCUGCUCUCUGCGUCAGCGGCAGCCACUCGGGCACUCUGCUCUUCGUGUAACCAUGUUGCAGCUCUCAACAUCCAUGGCUUACCUGACAUGAAGGCUCAGGUGGGGGGAAAAAAAUAACUGAUGUCAUGGUUUGUAACACUUCUGAGUCACAAGCGCACAUGUAGGUAGCACGCGGUAUUUGUUAAAACAAGGCUGGAUCAACAUGCGGUGUCCCUGUUUGACCUGCAGACUCGGCUGAUUAAUUGGAUUCCUUUUUCCGAGCUGUUACACUGGUACCCUUUCUAUCAGCGCUACAGAAUCAGCUCAGCGACGCUAGCACGGAGGCUGUGUAUUCUGUGUGUGUCUUUGUGUGUGAUGCAGCUGAUUUAUGACAUGCUGUACAAAAAAAAAAAAAAAAAAA